AUGUCAGUUCAAGAUCGGAACACCACAUCGCAGAAUACGAUGCCAUCAUCAUCUCCACAAACCACCGUCAACUGCGGAGAAAAUGAAUACGAAUGGGUCUUGAACGAAAUCAAAGCCGAAGCUCGCCGUGACGCCGGAUCUGAACCAUCCCUCACCAGAAACAAACUCUGCUCCUCCACCAUCCUCUACGAUCUUUUCCUCAACACCUUCUCCUCCGACUCAUAUCUCCUGUCCGCCACCAUCGCCGACCUACUAGCCACCCGUCAACGAGACUCUGCCUGCAUCUCCUUCGCUACAAUAGAGCUUGGUAGUGCAAAAGACUCAAAUGGUUUUUUCUUUCCAUUGACAUCCUCCAGAAAUGCAAAGCGGUGGUACUCAACCUUUUACAAUGUCACCGCCAUGGUUGGUGUCGGUGUCCUCAGUCUUCCUUACGCCCUGUCUCAACUCGGAUGGUAUCACUUUUCCUUCAAUCCAAGUCUUCUCUGUGAUGAGAAACAAGAAAAGGCUCGUCUUGCUGAAUUGGCUGCAGAGAAGGCUCAUCAGGAAGCCAUUCAGGCUCAACUUGCUAUCCAGCGUAAACUUGCAGAAGAUCAAAUGAAUUUAGUAGAAAAACAAUCACAAGUUAAAGCCCAAAUGUUAAGAUAUGAAGAUGAAUUAGCUAGGAAAAGAAUGCAGUAUCUGCAAACAGAUCAUGAAGCUCAAAGAGAACACAAUGCUGAAUUGGCUAGAAUGCAAGAGGAAUCUUUAAUAAUAAAAGAACAAGCAAGAACAACAACUGAAGAACAGAUUCAAAAUUUUUAA